CAACUUCUAUCAGAAGAUUAUUUUGAUGGGUGACGAGUCAUUUCGUGGUUCAACAUUGCACCACAAAAACUCGUUCAGUUAAGGAGUUCCAACUUCAACUCGAGUGUGUCGUGCGAAAGUUGUCAAAAAACCGAUAAGCAUUAGCCUUCACUUUCUGAAUAAAAAUGACGUCGCUCCCGCUCCAGUGCAAAGAGCCGCAGCAAAUCUGCGAAUCGUUGCGGCAAACGCGGCCACGUCGCUACCACCCUUGCGGCGGCGGAAGUCGGCAAAAUCGGUAUGGUGAGUGCCUACGACGACACGAAGAGGUUCCGCGGCGCGGGCGCCGGGGAAGGUCGUGAGUCCUUCCAGACGCUGGAGGCGGAUGGCAGUGCCGGCGAGGCUGCGACCGAUGUCCCUGCACAGGAGGACGAGCUGCACACCGGGCCCGGUAUAUUGUUGAACUUCAGCAGCUGCAGCACCCAAGCGCAUGACACUUCAUCUUUUUCUUUUUUCACCACCUGCAAGAAGAGCAGGAGCUCAUUCUUGAUCAUGUUUGCCAGUCGCAGCUGUAUUCUUUCAUGCACCAUGUUGUACUAUUCUUUCAUGGCGUCCCUUCGUGCUUCAUGUUCACAACAUGGCGGAGCAGAGAUCUGAAUUCAUGUAUUUGACACGUUGGCGCAAAAAUUGAAUCGACUACUUCUGUGCUCACCAAAUGAAAUAAAAAGAUGCGACGUCGGCCAACAGUUUCAUCUCGUCGGAGGCGGAGAAGGCGAGGAGGACGAGUGUCCUGAACAAUUUUCGACCCGGAAGCACUAUCUAUGGAACGGGCUUCGCAGGAUUAUACGGCGAACCAAAGAACCCAAAUCCGGAAUUAGUUUCUCAAGUUGGUGACCAUCUCAUCUAUCGCGUCCCCGUACCAGCGUCCACCAAUGUCUGCAAACCGGGUUUCAGUUUUGCGUCCGGUUUAGUCCAGGGAUGGCAUACCCGGGGCGGUGCCAUCGCGAAGUGCAAAGUCUACAAUUGCUUUGGUGGGGAGGUAGACAUGAAGGACCAGUGCUGCAACCAAGGAUACGACGCCGAGCACAAACUGUUUUACUGCUACGACAAAAGCCCGUUGCCUCAGGUGUGUGAACAAUACUCGUCAAAGUAGUUCGUAACUUUACUUCUUCGCACUGCAGUUAUUACACCUGAGCAGUGGUCAUCAGCGUGACAAUGAAUAUAGAAUAAUGAAGCAAGCCUUACUUAUACUUCCCGCAGGGCCCUCGCCCGUAGAUAAAUAGUCGUGCUGGUCCUGUUUGUUUGCGCAAAUAAAUACAACGCUGCCUGCUCCUCGAUUUGUAAUCUGUAGUGUUGGCUACAGCUUUUUGUACAAAAGGAGAACGCUUUUGAUUAUCGAUAGCCACGCGUUUACAUUUGACUAAAGUACAGAGCGAUGAAGAAGGUCUGUGCAAAGAUCUUUUUCUUCGAAUUCGUAGUAUUUUCCUUUCGUCGCAUUUUUACUGCAACGCCUCUUUAUAUUUAUUGUACAAAUUGAAAUUGAAAUUUUUAUGACUACGACUAUCACGAAGGAGAUGAAGCACCCACCAAGUGCGCACCAAAAAAAAAAAAAUGACACCGAGAUACAAGAAAUUUUGAACCGUAGACUA